AGCAAUUUCUCCGUCUUGUUCACGAGUCUCUCUCUCCGAUGGCGUGGCUCAACACCAUCUUCAAUUCCUGUUCGACAUUGAUCAAUGUCGGCUCUUUUGUAUUUCCCUGAAAUCUCUUCACGAAUGACUUCUUCACAUCUCCUCUCUUCUUCACCCAUGGAUUUGAGGAGACUCUCUCGCGCCAGCUACUUAUUCACGCGCCGCCUUAAAUCCGGCCGGAGAAGCUUACAUACAACUCGAUACCUGCAACAGUACGUUCAUCCGCCGGAUAAGUCGGAAGAAGCUUCCUCUGAUCGGCAUUUGCACGACCGGUUGUCUUCAGUUUUGUCAAAGAGAUCUCUAGAUUACGAGCUGUGUAAACAACUCAUAACUGUUCUAUCGCCUCUCGAAUUCGAUAGGUUGUUUCCCGAGUUUCGAUCCAAAGUUAAUCCCAAGACGGCUUUGAAUUUUUUCCGAUUAGCUUCCGAUUCAUUUAGUUUCUCCUUCAGUCUCCGUUCUUAUUGUUUAUUGAUAGGUUUAUUGCUUGAUGCCAAUCUGUUAUCGCCUGCUAGGGUCACUUUGAUUCGUUUGAUUAAUGGGAAUGUACCGGUUUUGCCUUGUGGUGAUGGUGGUUUGAGAGAUAGUCGAGUUGCCAUCGCGGAUGCAAUGGCCAGAUUGAGUUUGUGUUUUGACGAAGAAAUCAGAAGGAAGAUGUCAGACUUGUUGAUUGAAGUUUAUUGCACUCAGUUCAAGCGUGAUGGUUGUUAUCUAGCUCUCGAUGUAUUUCCUUUUCUUGCAAACAAGGGUAUGUUUCCUUCUAAGACGACCUGCAACAUUUUGCUGACUUCUUUAGUAAGAGCUAAUGAGUUUCAAAAGUGUUGUGAAGCUUUUGAAGUUGUUUGCAAAGGGGUUUUCCCGGAUGUUUACUUGUUCACUACAGCGAUUAAUGCGUUUUGCAAGGGAGGGAAAGUCGAGGAGGCCCUUGUGUUGUUCUCGAAAAUGGAAGAAGCUGGUGUCGCACCAAAUGUUGUUACUUACAAUACUGUCAUUGAUGGGUUGGGGAUGAGUGGACGGUAUGAUGAGGCAUUGAUGUUUAAAGAAAAGAUGGUAGAAAGAGGUGUGGAGCCAACUCUUAUCACUUAUAGUAUUCUUGUCAAGGGUUUGACCAAGGCAAAGAGGAUUGGUGAUGCUUAUUGUGUCUUGAAGGAAAUGACAGAGAAAGGGUUUCCUCCUAAUGUUAUUGUAUAUAAUAAUUUAAUUGAUAGUUUAAUCGAGGCUGGAAAUUUGAACAAAGCUAUUGAGAUAAAGGAUCUCAUGGUUUCGAAAGGUUUGUCUCUCACAUCAUCGACAUAUAAUACUCUCAUAAAGGGAUACUGCAAGAGCGGUCAAGUAGAUAAUGCUGAGCGCCUUUUGAAGGAAAUGAUGUCGAUAGGUGUCACUGUAAAUCAGGGAUCUUUUACAUCUGUGAUUUGCUUGUUGUGCAGUCAUCAUAUGUUUGACUCAGCACUUCGAUUUGUUGGAGAGAUGCUACCGCGUAACAUGAGUCCUGGUGGUGGAUUACUUACGACAUUGAUUUCUGGUCUCUGUAAGCAUGGAAAACACUUAGAGGCAGUAGCACUUUGGUUAAAAUUUCUAAAUAAAGGUUUUUUCGUAGACAUGAAGACUUCAAAUGCUUUGCUUCAUGGCCUCUGUGAAGCAGAGAAGCUGGAAGAAGCUUUUAGGAUUCAAAUGGAGAUAUUAGGGCGUGGAUUUGUUAUGGAUAGAGUGUCCUAUAACACUUUGAUUUCUGGAUGUUGCAAAAAGAGUAAAUUGGAUGAAGCUUUUAUGCUCAUGGAUGAAAUGGUUAAGAGAGGACUUGAGCCUGACAAUUAUACUUAUUGCAUAUUGUUUCGCGGGCUAUUUAAUAUGAAUAAAGUUGAGGAAGCCAUACAGUUUUGGGGUGAUUGUAAGCGGAAUGGCAUGCUUCCAGAUGUGUAUACAUAUUCAGUGAUGAUAGAUGGAUGUUGUAAAGCUGAAAGGACCGAAGAGGGUCAGAAACUGUUUGAUGAGAUGAUGAGCAAUAAGGUGCAGCCAAAUACUGUUGUUUACAAUCAUCUAAUCGGAGCAUACUGUAGAACUGGAAGGCUAUCAAUUGCCUUGGAACUCCGUGAAGAUAUGCGACACAAAGGAAUUUCACCUAAUUCUGCUACAUAUACCUCACUUAUAAAGGGGAUGUCUAUCAUUAGCCGUGUUGAGGAGGCAAAACUACUCCUCGAGGAGAUGAGGGUGGAGGGUUUGGAACCAAAUGUCUUUCAUUAUACAGCACUUAUUGAUGGAUAUGGUAAAUUGGGUCAGAUGGUCAAAGUUGAAUGUAUUUUGCGUGAGAUGCAUUCGAAGAACAUACACCCAAACAAGAUUACCUAUACUGUGAUGAUUGGUGGGUAUGCUAGAGAUAGGAAUGUAACGGAAGCUUCUAGGCUUCUAAGUGAGAUGAGAGAAAAAGGAAUUGUUCCAGAUAGUAUCACAUACAAAGAAUUUAUAUAUGGAUAUCUUAAGCAGGGAGGUGUAUUGCAAGCUUUUAAAGGCUCAGAUGAAGAAAAUUAUGCAGCAAUCAUUGAAGGAUGGAACAAACUUAUACAGUAGUUGGUGAAUAAAUAGAAGAAAAGUUGAAAAAUUGAGAUCCAGUAGCGUUCUCAGUUUGAUGGUCUUAUUAACGCCUGGCUCGGCAUCUUCUUCUUAAAGGAACAUGUCAGGAUGGAGUUACUUGGUAAAUGCAUAUGGUCCAUUGCAUCUUACAAGUAUGUUUAUGAUUGACUGCCACAGAAUCUAAGCCAUUUGAUAGAUUCUGGAUUAGAGCAAGCACUUCAGACAACGGUGCUGAAAAGAUUACACAGGUUCAAUGGAAAGAUACACACAUCAUGGACAGUCAAUUAAAAAGUUUACACAGGGAGCUAUGAGAUUGGAUCAAUAGGAGGCUCCUCUGUUUACAACAGAAACCUUAAAGCCAGUUCUCAUCGAAUGUAGUUUAGAGCUAAUCCUUGCCUGACGACACGUCGCUGGGGAAAAUUUCCUCAGACGUGCAGAAUUUUUGCCCACGGAGAUUUUGAUGGGUUGAUAUGAAAGGUAACUUUUAGUAACGGUAUCAACUAAUCUAACACCCAUUCACCGUAUAGUAAAGACUUCCGGUGGAGUUAGCACUGUUUAUUUCUCUUGUAUGCAAUUCUUUACUUUUGUUAGUUUUACAAAGGGGGGAAAUAUUGUUUUAGAUGUACAUAAAAUAGAAGAAAGAAAUCAAGAAUUAAAUUGGAUUGCUUCCACUGUUGAUGCUUUGUGUUUUUUAGUUUAUACUAUUGAAGAUUGUA